AAAAAGGCAGAUAGUCGCGACUUUUUUCAUUGAGCAGUAAGGAAAGGAUUACAUCGACGAAAGAGACGUUUUUUCUUAACACAUUUCAAGAUGUCUCUCAAUAUUCCAAAUGCCCCAAACUCUAACCUUUUCAAACAAGGUUAUCAAAAGUACGAAAACCUCCCUAUAUUCUUUCCAAACUGCAGCAGCUAAUCCCCCUCUCAAGCUAUGAUUCCGAAGAUGGAGCAGUUAUUCGUAACAUUGAUGCGUGUCGAACUAUUGCCUCAACCGUUCAGACUUCCUUAGGACCUUAUGGACGAAAUAAAAUUGUCAUCAACCAUCUGCAAAAGAUGAUCCUCACAUCAGACGCCGCCACUAUCCUCCGAGAACUGGAUGUUGUCCACCCCGCUGCGAAGCUCCUUGUCAUGGCGAGUCAGCAGCAAGAAGCAGAGAUGGGAGAUGCUACAAACUUAGUUAUUGUUCUUGCCGGAGAGCUUUUAAAGAAGGCCGAGGAUCUGUUAAGGAUGGGCUUAAAAACCAGUGAUGUGGUUAUAGGUUACGAGCGGGCACAGAAGUUUGCAUUGGAAGAGUUAGAGAACUUGGUGGUAGACAAAGUAGAGGACAUGCGAUCGCAGGCAGAACUCAGCAAAGCCAUUCGAACCGUCAUUGCAAGCAAACAAAACGGCAACGAGGAAUUCUUAGCAAAUAUGGUCGCCGAGGCAGUUUUAGCCGUUCUCCCAAAGAACCCAAUCAACUUCAACGUUGACAAUAUUCGAGUUGUUAAGAUUAUGGGAGGAAGUUUAGAACAAAGUAGGGUGGUUAAGGGUAUGGUUUUCGGCCGUGAGCCAGAUGGAUCGGUCAAGAAGGCUACCAGAGCCAAGGUUGGUGUAUUCUCAUGCCCAAUCGACAUCAGUCAAACCGAGACGAAGGGUACCGUUUUAUUACAUAAUGCAAAGGAAAUGCUGGAUUUCACAAAGGGAGAAGAGAACCAGUUGGAGACUGCUAUCAAGGAACUUUACGAUUCUGGUCUACGAGUCGUAGUUGCUGGUUCUACCGUAGGUGAACUUGCAAUGCAUUACCUCAACCGCUUUGGUAUCUUGGUAAUCCGUAUCCUUAGCAAAUUCGAACUUAGAAGGUUAUGUAGAGUCGUCGGUGCUACUCCACUAGCUAGGCUGGGAGCACCAAUGCCUGAUGAGAUGGGAAGUGUUGAUAUUGUGGAGACCCUUGAGAUUGGUGGAGACAGGGUCACAGUUUUCAGACAAGAGAACGAAACUACCAAAACCGCCACCUUGGUUCUCCGAGGAGCAACAAUGAACCAUCUUGAUGAUGUCGAGCGUGCUGUUGAUGAUGGUGUCAAUGUCGUCAAGGCUAUUACCAAAGAUCCCAGACUUGUACCAGGUGCCGGAGCUACAGAAAUCCAGCUGGUUGAGCGGAUACAAGCAUUUGGUGACAAAACUCCUGGUUUGGCUCAAUACUCUAUCCGAAAAUUUGGUGAGGCUUUCGAAGUUAUUCCAAGGACUAUAGCAGAAAGUGCUGGUCUGGACGCUACGGAAACUCUCAGCAGGCUUUACACUGCUCAUCACAAGCACGAUAACUGGAAUACCGGUGUUGACAUUGAGGUAAGCUCGAUUAAUACAACAUCGCAGAAAGUAUACUAACUCAUGAGUAGAACGAGGACGAUACUGGGACUCUUGACGCAAAGAAGGAAGGUAUUUUAGAUCUUAUGAUCGCAAAGAGCUGGGCUAUCAAGCUUGCUACCGAGGCGGCGAGAACUGUGCUUUCUGUCGAUCAAAUUAUUGUUGCAAGACAAGCUGGUGGUCCAAAACCUCCAGGACCAAACCCUGUAAGUUCACAAGCUUCCCAUGAACGAGUACCCUCCACUAACUGGGAAAGAACUGGGAUGAAGAUUAGAUAUAAUGCAUUAAAAACGCUGGGGAAUGUAAAAUACCAAGUCGUCAUGAAUUAUGAAAGACAAUUUACGAUGCCCAACGAUUCUUCUAA